AUCUUUCGUAUAUUCAUUUACAAGACUUAGAUAAUUCGUCAUCAAGUGUUAUCCUUCUUGCACCUAUUUUUAUAGUGGCACGCCAUGUGGCAGAUCCAUCUGAUGACCGUCCUUUUACUCACACACAGCAAGGUUCAACUUUUAGUUCUUAGCACAAGAUUCUAAAGAUUUUGCCAGACUUAUUAAAAUCUUUUCCAUAUCCCUCCAGAAGAAUUAUGCGUCUCUAACAUAAAAAUUAACCAAAAAAUAUAUCAAUGGAAAUCUACCACAUAACCCUUUAAUCUGUACCUACUAUAUGUUUUUUGCUCGAAUUGCAGAAACUUCAAUUGAAAAAACAAUUGGUAUUACUUUGGGAAGUAUGUCUGUGUUCCUGGUGAUGAUCGUGGCGACUUUAUGCUACAGUAGAAAGUUAGACAGGAAGCGACAGCGAGCUAGCAGGAGGAGAAAAUGAACUUGGAGGUCUGGCCCGAGCAAGUUACUUUGCUGGAAGAACUGGGCCGAGGGGCAUUUGGGAAAGUACAUAAAGCAGUUCUGAGAGAUUCUCCAGGAGUGGAAGUAUUUGAUGGCAAUAUCAGAGGGACACGUGUGCAGUUCAAAGAAGGACGAACAAUUGCUGUGAAAGUUCUUAGUGCAUUAGCAAAUGAACAAGACAAAGAACAGUUCCUGGAAGAAAUUGAUCUCAUGAAGCAAAUUGGUUACCACACUAAUGUCCUCGGUAUGAUUGGUUUCUGGACGAGGUCAGAACCCUUCCUUCUGCUGUUAGAGUAUGUUCCGUGCGGGGAUCUACUCAACUGGCUAAGGGAAAAGAGAAAACAAGUUGACAAUGGAAAGUUCCCCCUAUUUCAAAGCAUGGAACUUUUGGCACCUAAUACAGCUAAGACGAAACUAGAGAAAAAUACGGAUAGUCAAGAGACGAUGAACAUUUUGACUGGGAAUCAACAAGAACGAUACAUUAUUGAAAGGAAUGAAGGAAAGGAGGUUGGAAAGGAUGAAAAGAAAGAAGUAAAUAGCAUGAUUGAAAAUUGUGAGCGUCAGAGUCAGAUAGAAAAAAAUCCAAGUGAUACAGACCGAUUGGCGAUGGAACAAAUUGUAUUUGAAAGCUUUGGCGAGGAAAUAGAUGAAGAAGACAACAAAAGUUUGGAAGAAAAACCUUUCAUACAGAUGGAAGAGAAACAACUUAGCGAACGCUCAUUAGAAGUGGCCUGCAACGAGUUGCAAGAGACCACUAAUGAGGAUGUUGAUCUGAUUGCCAAAGACAUGUUAUCCUUCGCAUGGCAAAUAGCACGAGGGAUGAGUUACCUGUCAAGCAGAGGAUUUAUCCACCGGGACUUGGCAGCUCGUAAUGUUCUUAUCGGAGAGGACAAACUUGUUAAAAUUGCAGAUUUUGGUUUGAUGCGCUACUCGGAUGGAGAUAUAUACGAAGUGAAGAGGCAGAAGAAACUCCCCAUGAAGUGGAUGGCACUUGAAUCUAUUAAUGAUAGUAUCUACACAACACAGAGUGAUGUGUGGUCAUAUGGCAUUCUUCUUUGGGAAAUAUCCACAAUGGGUGGCACCCCGUAUCCCGGGAUUAACAACAAAGAACUUCGCAAUCUUCUUAACACUGGAUAUCGCUUGGAAAGACCAGAUAGCUGCUCAGAAGAACUGUAUUCAAUAAUGCUGAACUGCUGGCAAGGAGAUCCCAGACGCAGACCUACAUUUGAACAAAUUGUGGCAUCACUGGAGGUUAUGAUGACGAGAGAUACUCCAUAUUUUGAUUUUAAUCAACUGGAUGAAUCCCAUUCCUAUUACAAUAUUGCAUCAUCGUUCAGUUGUACCAAUGAAAUGAAAGACGAACAGGUGGAGACUGCACAAUCGAACAUGGAUCUAGAUGAACUCAAAAGUGGAACCGCAGAUUAAGAUGUGACUUACCCUGCUUGAAGGGAGGACAGCACGAAACUUUGUGUUACUCCCUACUACAGCUUUCCCCUCGCAAGUAAACUGGGCGAUGCGACCGAAGUUGCUUUCAAGUUGUUUAAUACUAAGUUAUUUGUACUUCAAGUCAUUUCCGCCAGCCAUCUUACUAAAGUUACCAAUCGUAAUUAGCUUUGCUUUUAAGGAUUUUACCUUCUUACGUAUACGAAGAAGAAGUGCUUUGAGUUUUCAGUUGACACAAUUCAAGUUGAAAAAGUUAUGUCUAAGGUUUUUGCAGGAUCAAGGGUAGUACCAAGUUCUCAAGGAGUUUUUAUGUGUUUGAAGAUGUUUAAAUGUCUUGAAGGAAUAAACAUCAGUGUGCGAACUAUCGGACACCCACGAGACACUCUAAUUCUCUAGUGUCUGGUUAUUGUAACUAUCUUGACUGCCUAAUAAGGGGUUCGUUUUACAGGAAAAAAACAUGGAGCUAAUAGUUUAGAAAUAACUGCAGUCACUGUCCGUUUAAACAAGGUGUCCUCUUAAUGCAGGUUUCACUAUAUAUUCCUAUCUCUUAUAAUGCAUAGUUUUGUUAGUUUACAAUGUAACGAAGCCUGAUUCAGAUUCAGAGAUAAUUUCUUGUUUGCGUUCUUUAUCGCAGUAUAUUUGUAAACAUAAGGCAUAUGUUUAUCCUCUGAUCAGGACACUGAAGGCAUGCUAACCUUUUAAGUAUUAUUUAAGGCAGUAUGCUUUGGUUUUACUUUUGCUAGGCGUUAUCGCAACUUAUCUGUUGACGUUCUUUAACGUAGUAUCUAUUACAAAUUUUUUUUUCAGCCGUAGUGUAUUUUUGUUAGUUUUAUGACAGGCAUUAGAGAAGAUGCCCUUUGUACAAUUUAAAUAAAUUAUCAGCUAAAUUAUCUAGUUUUUCUAGUUGCAUUAAUGUCUCUAUCCGAACAUCUAUAUUGACCAUCUUGAGGUGAGGCUUAUGCGUAAUAUUUACAGAACUGGUAAUUGUUUGAGAAGGUUAUGAAUAAAGAUUGAAUAAAAUAAAAUAAAUAACAA